GGCGGAUCUUUACGGCAUCUAAUGAACUACAAAAAAAACCUGCGCAGCCGCAGUCUGCUGACCUUCCGCGGCACUCAGAGCAAGCAUGGCAGCCCGGGCACUGACCAGAGGUCUUUUGGGGCUGCGGCACUCUCGGGCUGUCACACUAGGAUACUCCUGUGGUGGACAACAACAACACUAUGCUAACGCAGCGUCCAUCAAGUCACCUCAAUCACCCCAGAUUGAGGAUAUUACAGAAAAAGUCAUAAACCAGUCUCUUGAGAAGCCGGACUUCUUCCGUCUGUCAGAGCUUUUCUCGUUGAAGGAGCUGUUCGACGCCAGAGUUCAUCUUGGUCAUAAGAAAGGCUGCAGACACAGGCUUAUGGAGCCGUACCUCUACGGCUGCCGUUUGGACCAUGAUAUAAUUGAUCUGGAUCAGACCAUGGAGCAUCUUCAGCAAGCCCUGAACUUCACUGCCCAUGUAGCGUAUCGUGGAGGCGUCAUACUGUUUGUCAGCCGCCGGCGCCAGUUUGGCCACCUGGUGGAGAACACUGCGAAAGAUUGUGGGGAGUACGCCCAUACGCGUUACUGGCAGGGCGGCCUCCUCACCAACGCCCCCAUCCAGUACGGCCCUGGAGUCCGUCUACCAGACCUCAUCGUCUUCCUUUCGACUCUCAACAAUGUGUUCCAGCAGCACGUGGGAAUUAGAGAUGCAGCGAAGAUGAAUAUUCCCACCGUGGGCGUGGUGGACUCGAACUGCAACCCCAGCCUGGUGACGUACCCGGUGCCUGGGAACGAUGACACUCCAGCUGCCAUGGAGCUGUACUGCCGCUUAUUCAAGAUGACUAUCAACCGCGCCAAGGACAAAAGGAGACAGAUGGAGCUGCUGCAUAGCCUGUCGGCACCGUCCAAACCAAGCUCAUGACGUAAUAUAUUCUCAAGUCAGAGACAUUAAAAAUGCAUUUCUAAAAAGUCAAGACGGUGUGCUGCUCUCUUUGCUUUGAGGUGAAGCUCACAUGUUCCACUUAAACAUGCCGCACUGCUGUCUCGUUAAGACUAAAGUUGUGUCUGUAUUAUUCAUUAAUGAAUCUUGUUUCUGUGACAUUUCCUUUUUCUUUCUUUUUUUUACGUGUAGAUGGACAGCUAUAAAAAGAUUACAUUAAAUCAGACCGCUCGUGUUACUGUUGCAUUCAAA